UCGAAUAUGUGCCAUUAGAGCACAUAUUUUGGCUCCAGGCAACAAAGAAUUUAAAAAAAGGAAACAAAUUAAUUCUAGCAAAAUUUUAGUAUCUACAUAAUAUUGUACAACUAUACAGUACUUAACCAUGAAAACUAUAUUACAUGGUUCAUUAUAUAAUUCCAAUUCUUCUAAUACUCCACCUCAAGUUAGUGCAAUGAUGUUUUGCACUACUAGCCUUUUAGUCAUUUGUUGAAGUGCCAAACUUUGAAGUCCUUUGGCGAGAACAUCAGCCGGUUGAUUAGUAGCUCAUGUCUAUGGUGUGCACACAUAACCACUUCUUUGAUGGUAGAAGGAACUUCAAGGGAGGAUAUUUGAAUGACAAAGGCUUGAAAAAAUGUUGAAAAGAAACAAAUUGAGAGACAAGGUGAUGAGUGCAGGAUUUAACACUUUUUUGGAUGACAAUAGGCAAAUUUCCAUUAGGGACACUAACACGUCCCAAGACGCUUUGGGUGGCUUUCAUCCUUGACAGGCUCUAGGAACUUGCCUUCAAUGGUCACCUUGAGCAUGUACAUCACCUUCGUAAGUUUUGAUUCUCCAUUUUCUGAGGGCUUCAACAUUUUAUGGACUUAGUGGUAUGCUCCUGCUUCCACUAGCUACUUCCCAUAAAUCACGACCUUUAAAUAGGAUUUAAUUAUGGUUUCCCAAUUUUUAUAAUUGUGUUUGCUCAAUUGAUGAGCCCACUCAUCCUAAAAUCUACCAUUGUGAUCUAUACUAACAAGCUUGGUCUAGAUGUAAUCAAUUCUACCAUCCUAGUUGGUGGUCCACCAUGAUCUUUGUAGCGUCUUGAUCUCUUGGUCCUUUACCACACAAUUUCUCAAAUAGUGGUCCUUAACCUUGCAAGACCUUGAACAAUUGGCAUGGAAUCUCCUUCUCUAAUACCAAAUUGCAGAUAGAUAGAUACCUGUGACCUCUAAGAAAUAAUUACCAAGAAAUGGUAAAAAUAUUAUUACCAAAUAUUGGAGAAAUAAGUAUACUAAGAAACUAUUGCACUUAAUAUUUCAUGUAGAAUUUCACCAAAUAUUCAACCCAAAACCAUGCACUAAAGCAACAAGAGGCCCAUGUCUUCUUAAUUAUCAUAUCAUAGUAAAAAGGCCCACAAGCAAACAACGCAAACAAAAUAGAUUAAAUAAAAAUACUAAAUAGGCCCAAAACACCAAUUCAAUAAGCUCGUUGAACUCUAAUUCUACAUAAUCAAGUAGCCUAACCUAAUUACUCCUUACCAAACAUUGCUUAAUCCCUAAGCAGUCUUUUUCUUCUUUUACCCAAACCCUCUCUUUCUACCAUAACUCCUGCAAUUGAAAGAAUGGAGAGAGAAUGGGAACAAGCUACUCUUUCUUUAAAGCUCUAAGGGUGAUUCUCUGAUCGUGGUAAUGAAAGGUAACAAUUGUGAUUGGCAAGGAGCGGCGGAAAAAACAAUGACUAAAAGGGUGACAACUAUGACAAUGGUGGUGAUGGAUUUCGAUCGGUGGUUGUGAUAGCAACAGUGGUGGUUGUGUGGUGGCCAACUUCAACAAUUGUGGUUCCCUCAUCUAGAAUAGUGUUGAUCUCUUACCCUCAAACAAAUAGCCCCCCACCCACUCUUACCCUCUCUUGUAUGAAGCAUUUUAGGCCGAUCCAAAGCUUUGGACACAAUUUCAAAAAUGAGAAAACCCCCCAUCCUUCGAUCUCUUGAUUGAAAGAAUUUAAGGUUAAAAAGUUUUUCACACUAAAAAACUAAGAUUUGUUUCCUCUUUUAAGCUUUUUUGGGUUGUCACAUAUAUUCUUGCUCAAGAAGAGAAAAUAGAUAGUGUGAUUAAGCACCAUUUCUGGUAAAUGGACGGUGAAGAUUGGCCAGAUCCACUUCCUAAAGGAUGGACAUUGAAGAAGUAUUCUAAUGGCAAGGUUUGGGCACAUAAUGCGAGGACUGGACAGACAUUUCGUACAAAAAAAGAUCUCCUUCGUUAUGUGCAUUAUGCUGAAAAUGUGCUUCCUCUUUUUGCUAACAACAAUCUCCCAUAUGAAAAUUCUCAAGCCGUAGCAGAUUCCAAAGGCAAAGCUGUUGAUGAUAACACAGGCGAAUCUGCAAAAGCUUUUGAUGAUAAAGAAGGAAAUGCAGAGCAACCUUCUGACAAUGAAGAUGGCAAUUCGGGGGAAGGUGAUGAUGAUGACGACGAGGAUGACAACAGUUUGUAUGGAGGUUUAGACUUCAGCAAAGGCAUUUGGGGCAUAGAUGAUGUUGAGAUAAUCGAACGCACAUCAUUCCAUGCUUCAGUUAUUGUAACUGAUGUCCCAAAUACCCACAAUAAUCAACUGCCAGAGAGAAACAUGAAGGUCCAGGCUGACCAACAGCUAGAGACGGAGACGAAGACAGUAACUGAACACCGGAGAAACAAGAGAACUGGGCCUCGGAAGAAAUUUAAAAUGCCUCCUAAGCGUUUUCGUGGAUCAGGCUCACGUAAGAACCGUCAUCAGAAGUCUUAGAAACUUUCCUUAUGUUUGCUCGUCCUGUGAAAACUCCAAAAUACAUGUCUACCUGUGGUGUUUUAUUUAUGAUAUUUCUUUUCUAAUUA